ACGUUAGUCGCCGCUGAGAGGAGCCAGGCGCCUCGUUCGUCCGCCGAGGGGACCCGUUUGUCUCCGCAGGCAGCCGCGCGCCGCCAUGGGCUCCGAGAAGGACUCCGAGUCCCCCCGCUCCUCCUCCAUCCACGCGGCCGCCCCCAAGUGCCCCAAGCCCGGCCGCCGCCGCCGCCGCCUCUCCUUCCAGAGCGUCUUCUCGGCCGCCGCCGCCUCGGCCUCCGGCGGGGUGAGGGGCCGCCGCCGGGCCAAGGCCGAGCCGCCGCCGCCGCCCCCCGCCCCGGCUCCCCCGCCGGAGCAGGAGGAGGCCCCGGCCGAGGCCGAGGCCGAGGCGGAGGAGCUGGAGUGCCCGCUGUGCCUGGUGCGGCAGCCGGCGGAGAACGCGCCGCGCCUGCUCUCCUGCCCGCACCGCUCCUGCCGCGCCUGCCUCCGCCAGUACCUGCGCAUCGAGAUCACCGAGUCCCGCGUCAACAUCUGCUGCCCCGAGUGCAGCGAGCGCCUCAACCCCGCCGACAUCCGCCGGCUGCUCUGCGACUCGCCGCACCUCGUCGCCAAGUACGAGGAGUUCAUGCUGCGCCGCUGCCUGGCCGCCGACCCCGACUGCCGCUGGUGCCCGGCCCCCGACUGCGGUUACGCUGUUAUUGCCUAUGGCUGUGCCAGCUGCCCCAAGCUGACUUGUGAGAGGGAAGGCUGCCAGACUGAGUUCUGCUAUCACUGCAAACAGAUAUGGCAUCCAAACCAGACCUGCGAUAUGGCCCGUCAGCAAAGGGCUCAGACACUGCGGGUACGGACGAAGCACGCCUCAGGCCUCAGUUAUGGACAGGAAUCUGGACCGGCCGAUGACAUCAAGCCGUGUCCACGUUGCAGUGCUUACAUAAUCAAGAUGAAUGAUGGGAGCUGUAAUCACAUGACUUGCGCAGUGUGUGGCUGUGAAUUCUGCUGGCUGUGUAUGAAGGAGAUUUCAGAUCUGCAUUACCUCAGUCCCUCUGGCUGCACAUUCUGGGGCAAGAAGCCAUGGAGUCGCAAGAAGAAAAUUCUCUGGCAGCUGGGUACAUUGAUUGGUGCCCCUGUAGGCAUUUCCCUCAUUGCUGGCAUUGCCAUUCCUGCCAUGGUCAUUGGCAUCCCAGUAUACGUUGGGAGAAAGAUCCACAACCGUUAUGAGGGAAAGAAAACCUCUAAGCACAGGAGGAACUUGGCCAUCACUGGUGGGGUCACCUUAUCUGUCAUUGCAUCCCCAGUUAUUGCUGCUGUCAGUGUUGGUAUUGGAGUCCCCAUCAUGCUGGCCUAUGUCUAUGGUGUUGUGCCAAUUUCUCUCUGCCGAGGAGGUGGCUGUGGAGUCAGCACAGCCAAUGGGAAGGGAGUGAAAAUAGAGUUUGACGAAGAUGAUGGACCCAUUACAGUGGCAGAUGCUUGGCGAGCUCUGAAGAACCCCAGUAUUGGUGAGAGCAGCAUCGAGGGACUAACUAGUGUGUUGAGCACCAGUGGCAGCCCCACGGAUGGGCUCAGUGUCAUGCAAGGCAACUACAGUGAGACAGCCAGCUUUGCUGCCCUUUCUGGUGGUACCCUGAGCGGUGGAGUCCUCUCUGGUGGAAAGGGAAAGUACAGCAGGCUGGAAGUGCAAGCAGAUGUACAGAAGGAGAUUUUCCCCAAGGAUUCUGUCAGUCUCGGAGCAGUUAGUGACAACGCCAGCACUCGGGCUAUGGCUGGCUCCAUCAUCAGUUCAUACAACCCACAGGACAGAGAGUGUAAUAACAUGGAGAUCCAAGUGGACAUAGAGGCCAAACCUAGUCACUUCCAACUAGUUAGUGGCAGCAGCACAGAGGACUCUCUCCACGUCCACACCCAGGUGGCAGAAAACGAGGAGGAGCAGACAUGCAAACACCAAAGCUGUGAGCAGAAGGACUGCAUUGCCAGCAAAACAUGGGAUAUCACCCUGGCACAGCCUGAGAGCAUACGGAGUGACUUAGAGAGCUCCGACAGCCAGUCAGAUGACGUGCCAGACAUUACCUCGGAUGAGUGUGAUUCCCCCCACCCUCAGACUGUAGCCUGCCCACAGACCCCAAAAGCCAGAGGUGCUGAGAGCCCAAGUGCCCAUCUGAGCCAAUGUGCCCAAGAAGAAGGGCACAGGCCAGAGGAAAUAGUCUCUAAACUGGAGUGCAUUGAAGCCAGAGUAUGAAGUUGCCUCCUCCAGAGAAGCACGCUUGCAGUCACUACAUUCUUUGUGAGUGGUUGUGUCCUUUGUUGGCUUCUGUUUGAUUCUCUGGCCAGCUUCCCUGGUCUGACCCUGAGGGGAAAAAUGCCAUUUCUUAUAUGAUUUAAAAAAAAAAAAAUCCCCCACCCUCAUUUUUAAUUUAUUGGUUCCAGCGCUCUGAGAGGUGUCUGAGUGUACAUAUGUAUGUGUGCACGUAUACUGUGUCUCUGCAAAAAUACUACUAAAGAAUUGUUUUAAUAAAGAUUUCUGUUGUAAUUCGA